AUGCGGGGACGGAGAAUCCAGGGAACAGGGAAUGAGGGAACAGGAAAUGGGGGAACAGGGAAUGAGGGAACAGGAGGUGGGGGAACAGGGAAUGAGGGAACAGGAGGUGGGGGUACAGGGAAUGGGGGAACACGAAAUGGGGGAACAGGGAAUGAGGGAACAGGAGGUGGGGGAACAGGGAAUGAGGGAACAGGAGGUGGGGGUACAGGGAAUGAGGGAACAGGAGGUGGGGGUACAGGGAAUGAGGGAACAGGAGGUGGGGGUACAGGGAAUGAGGGAACAGGAGGUGGGGGUACAGGGAAUGAGGGAACAGGAGGUGGGGGUACAGGGAAUGAGGGAACAGGAGGUGGGGGUACAGGGAAUGAGGGAACAGGAGGUGGGGGAACAGGGAAUGAGGGAACAGGAGGUGGGGGAACAGGGAAUGAGGGAACAGGAGGUGGGGGUACAGGGAAUGAGGGAACAGGAGGUGGGGGUACAGGGAAUGAGGGAACAGGAGGUGGGGGUACAGGGAAUGAGGGAACAGGAGGUGGGGGUACAGGGAAUGGGGGAACAGGAGGUGGGGGAACAGGGAAUGAGGGAACAGGAGGUGGGGGUACAGGGAAUGAGGGAACAGGAGGGAAUGAGGGAACAGGAGGUGGGGGUACAGGGAAUGAGGGAACAGGAGGUGGGGGUACAGGGAAUGAGGGAACAGGAGGUGGGGGUACAGGGAAUGAGGGAACAGGAGGGAAUGAGGGAACAGGAGGUGGGGGAACAGGGAAUGAGGGAACAGGAGGUGGGGGAACAGGGAAUGAGGGAACAGGAGGUGGGGGUACAGGGAAUGAGGGAACAGGAGGUGGGGGUACAGGGAAUGGGGGAACAGGAGGUGGGGGUACAGGGAAUGAGGGAACAGGAGGUGGGGGUACAGGGAAUGAGGGAACAGGAGGUGGGGGAACAGGGAAUGAGGGAACAGGAGGUGGGGGAACAGGGAAUGAGGGAACAGGAGGGAAUGAGGGAACAGGAGGUGGGGGUACAGGGAAUGAGGGAACAGGAGGUGGGGGUACAGGGAAUGAGGGAACAGGAGGUGGGGGUACAGGGAAUGAGGGAACAGGAGGUGGGGGUACAGGGAAUGAGGGAACAGGAGGUGGGGGUACAGGGAAUGAGGGAACAGGAGGUGGGGGUACAGGGAAUGAGGGAACAGGAGGUGGGGGUACAGGGAAUGAGGGAACAGGAGGGAAUGAGGGAACAGGAGGUGGGGGUAUAGGGAAUGAGGGAACAGGAGGUGGGGGUACAGGGAAUGAGGGAACAGGAGGUGGGGGUACAGGGAAUGAGGGAACAGGAGGUGGGGGUACAGGGAAUGAGGGACCAGGAGGUGGGGGUACAGGGAAUGAGGGAACAGGAGGUGGGGGUACAGGGAAUGUGGGAACAGGAGGUGGGGGUACAGGGAAUGAGGGAACAGGAGGUGGGGGAACAGGGAAUGAGGGAACAGGAGGGAAUGAGGGAACAGGAGGUGGGGGUACAGGGAAUGAGGGAACAGGAGGUGGGGGUACAGGGAAUGAGGGAACAGGAGGUGGGGGUACAGGGAAUGAGGGAACAGGAGGUGGGGGUACAGGGAAUGAGGGAACAGGAGGUGGGGGUACAGGGAAUGAGGGAACAGGAGGUGGGGGUACAGGGAAUGAGGGAACAGGAGGUGGGGGUACAGGGAAUGAGGGAACAGGAGGUGGGGGUACAGGGAAUGAGGGAACAGGAGGUGGGGGUACAGGGAAUGAGGGAACAGGAGGUGGGGGAACAGGGAAUGAGGGAACAGGAGGGAAUGAGGGAACAGGAGGUGGGGGUACAGGGAAUGAGGGAACAGGAGGUGGGGGAACAGGGAAUGAGGGAACAGGAGGUGGGGGAACAGGGAAUGAGGGAACAGGAGGGAAUGAGGGAACAGGAGGUGGGGGUACAGGGAAUGAGGGAACAGGAGGUGGGGGUACAGGGAAUGAGGGAACAGGAGGUGGGGGUACAGGGAAUGAGGGAACAGGAGGUGGGGGUACAGGGAAUGAGGGAACAGGAGGUGGGGGUACAGGGAAUGAGGGAACAGGAGGUGGGGGUACAGGGAAUGAGGGAACAGGAGGUGGGGGUACAGGGAAUGAGGGAACAGGAGGUGGGGGUACAGGGAAUGAGGGAACAGGAGGUGGGGGUAUAGGGAAUGAGGGAACAGGAGGUGGGGGUACAGGGAAUGAGGGAACAGGAGGUGGGGGUACAGGGAAUGAGGGAACAGGAGGUGGGGGUACAGGGAAUGAGGGAACAGGAGGUGGGGGUACAGGGAAUGAGGGAACAGGAGGUGGGGGUACAGGGAAUGAGGGAACAGGAGGUGGGGGUACAGGGAAUGAGGGAACAGGAGGUGGGGGUACAGGGAAUGAGGGAACAAGAGGUGGGGGUACAGGGAAUGAGGGAACAGGAGGUGGGGGUACAGGGAAUGAGGGAACAGGAGGUGGGGGAACAGGGAAUGAGGGAACAGGAGGUGGGGGUACAGGGAAUGAGGGAACAGGAGGUGGGGGAACAGGGAAUGAGGGAACAGGAGGUGGGGGUACAGGGAAUGAGGGAACAGGAGGUGGGGGUACAGGGAAUGAGGGAACAGGAGGUGGGGGUACAGGGAAUGAGGGAACAGGAGGUGGGGGUACAGGGAAUGAGGGAACAGGAGGUGGGGGUACAGGGAAUGAGGGAACAGGAGGUGGGGGUACAGGGAAUGAGGGAACAGGAGGUGGGGGUACAGGGAAUGAGGGAACAGGAGGUGGGGGAACAGGGAAUGAGGGAACAGGAGGUGGGGGAACAGGGAAUGAGGGAACAGGAGGUGGGGGUACAGGGAAUGAGGGAACAGGAGGUGGGGGAACAGGGAAUGAGGGAACAGGAGGUGGGGGUACAGGGAAUGAGGGAACAGGAGGUGGGGGUAUAGGGAAUGAGGGAACAGGAGGUGGGGGUACAGGGAAUGAGGGAACAGGAGGUGGGGGUACAGGGAAUGAGGGAACAGGAGGUGGGGGUACAGGGAAUGAGGGAACAGGAGGUGGGGGUACAGGGAAUGAGGGAACAGGAGGUGGGGGUACAGGGAAUGAGGGAACAGGAGGUGGGGGUACAGGGAAUGAGGGAACAGGAGGUGGGGGAACAGGGAAUGAGGGAACAGGAGGUGGGGGAACAGGGAAUGAGGGAACACGAGGUGGGGGUACAGGGAAUGAGGGAACAGGAGGUGGGGGUACAGGGAAUGAGGGAACAGGAGGUGGGGGUACAGGGAAUGAGGGAACAGGAGGUGGGGGUACAGGGAAUGAGGGAACAGGAGGUGGGGGAACAGGGAAUGAGGGAACAGGAGGUGGGGGAACAGGGAAUGAGGGAACAGGAGGUGGGGGUACAGGGAAUGAGGGAACAGGAGGUGGGGGUACAAGGAAUGAGGGAACAGGAGGGAAUGAGGGAACAGGAGGUGGGGGUACAGGGAAUGAGGGAACAGGAGGUGGGGGUACAGGGAAUGAGGGAACAGGAGGUGGGGGUACAGGGAAUGAGGGAACAGGAGGUGGGGGUACAGGGAAUGAGGGAACAGGAGGUGGGGGUACAGGGAAUGAGGGAACAGGAGGUGGGGGAACAGGGAAUGAGGGAACAGGAGGUGGGGGUACAGGGAAUGAGGGAACAGGAGGUGGGGGAACAGGGAAUGAGGGAACAGGAGGUGGGGGUACAGGGAAUGAGGGAACAGGAGGUGGGGGUACAGGGAAUGAGGGAACAGGAGGUGGGGGUACAGGGAAUGAGGGAACAGGAGGGAAUGAGGGAACAGGAGGUGGGGGUACAGGGAAUGAGGGAACAGGAGGUGGGGGAACAGGGAAUGAGGGAACAGGAGGUGGGGGAACAGGGAAUGAGGGAACAGGAGGUGGGGGUACAGGGAAUGAGGGAACAGGAGGUGGGGGAACAGGGAAUGAGGGAACAGGAGGUGGGGGUACAGGGAAUGAGGGAACAGGAGGUGGGGGUACAGGGAAUGAGGGAACAGGAGGUGGGGGAACAGGGAAUGAGGGAACAGGAGGUGGGGGAACAGGGAAUGAGGGAACAGGAGGUGGGGGUACAGGGAAUGAGGGAACAGGAGGUGGGGGAACAGGGAAUGAGGGAACAGGAGGUGGGGGAACAGGGAAUGAGGGAACAGGAGGGAAUGAGGGAACAGGAGGUGGGGGUACAGGGAAUGAGGGAACAGGAGGUGGGGGUACAGGGAAUGAGGGAACAGGAGGUGGGGGUACAGGGAAUGAGGGAACAGGAGGUGGGGGUACAGGGAAUGAGGGAACAGGAGGUGGGGGUACAGGGAAUGAGGGAACAGGAGGUGGGGGUACAGGGAAUGAGGGUAAUGAGUAUGGGGGGACGGGGAAUGGGGGGAUGGGGAAUGGGGGGACUGGGGAUGGGGAAGCAGGGAAUGGGGGAGCAGGGGAUGGGGGAACAGGGAAUGGGGGAGCAAGGAAUGGGGGGACGGGGAAUGGGGGGACUGCGAAUGGGUUUUGCAGGGAAUGGGGGAGCAGGGAAUGGGGGAUCAGGGAAAGGGGGAGCAGGAAUGGGAGAACUGGGAAUGGGGGAACAGGGAAUGGGGGACAGAGAAUGGGGGGGACGGAGAAUCCGGGGAACAGGUGUGGGGGAGCAGGGAAUAGGGGAACAGGGAAUAGGGGGAACAGGGAAUAG